AUGGGAGAACUCGAAGCUGUCAAAUCUCUCAUUGAAAGCGGAUGCAACAAAGAAGCAAGAGAUUCCCGUGGGUGUACUACCCUCUACGUCGCUUUAUAUAAUUCUAAAUUGGGAGUGGCUAAAUAUCUUAUUUCAAUUGGAGCUGACAAGGAAGCUGUUGAUUGCGAUAGUAAUGUAAAACAAUAUCUAAUAUCUAUUGGAGCCAAAUAA